CCCCUAUUUUUUGCGGGAAAAUGGCAUGACUGCAAUUUCUCAACUUGUUGAACCCUAAUCCCCAGAUUUGUCUCUGCAGCUGCCUGCAAGCAUUCACCCACGAGCUACCGGAUUUGACCCCCUCAAAACCCUAAUGUCGUCCCAACCACGAAGAGAUGGUGGCCCGGUCCCCCAAUUGGCCGCAGAUGAACAAGAAGUGUUGAAACUAGAAGAAGAAUUAGAGGAAAUAGCUCAAAAAUUACUCGACUACCGAAUCAAUCUUUCGGGACAACUUAGCUCCGCUAUCUCUUCUCUCCUUGAAUCGCAAAGGCUACUUCUUCCAGAUCUGGACGCGGAUGCCCAGGAUCUGAUGAGAGAUACUGCAGGCUUUCCAGUAAUGGCAGAUUCAGACGAAGCUGAGAAACUACAACUACUCAAACAGAAAAUCUCAAGUAAUGCCUCUGCAAUGCCUGUCGUCUUGAAUAGGUUGAAGGAAUAUAUGGCCAGAAUCGAUGCCUUGGACUCUUCCAACAUGAUUAUCCAUCCUGCUUUUAAAAUGAAACAAACCAGUUGAUAUAGUUACGUACUGGAUUCCCUUAUGUGUUGAUCUUUAUUUUACAGUGUGUUUACUAAGAUGUAUGUUGAUGACGAACUUGAUUUAAUCAGCUGAAACCUUAAAGCAUUGAAUUACGUUGAAAAUUUAGAAGGAUGGCUAAGGAGGAAAGAUGGCUUGUUUGCUUGAACUGCGUCUUGUUGGUGACUUGGUUCCCUUCCAACCUAUAACAUCAGAUUGGUCUUUUUUUUCAACGUUAGUACAUAUUUUUUUUUCUCUUUUUAAUGGAUUGUUGAUUUAUUGUCA